AUGGCUGUCCCUACUCAGGCUGUGCCUCUCCCCACCAGCACCGCUCUCACAACAGCUACAAACACAACUAUCAAAAAACCCUCUGCCCUCUAUGGCUUCCUUGCCGGAGGUAUCGCUGCCUGCGGUGCUGUUACUAUCACCAAUCCUGCCGAGGUAAUCAAAACAAGACUUCAAUUACAAGGAGAGUUGAUGCGUCAGGCACCAGGAACAACUAAGAUCUACACCAACUUUGCUCAGGCAUUCGUUCAUAUUGCAAAAUAUGAGGGUAUCCGAGGAUUACAGCGUGGGUUGGGAUGUGCAUACAUGUACCAAAUCAUGAUGAAUGGAACUCGGCUGGGGUUGUAUGAUCCCAUCAAGCAUUCAAUUCAUCAAUUGUUGGGUACAGAUCCUGCCAAAAAUAACAAUGUGGUCAACAUUGCAGCUGGCGGAACGGGCGGCGUACUCUCUGCUGUGCUGGCAUCGCCGCUUUUUUUGGUCAAAACUCGGUUACAAUCCUAUUCAUCCCAUGAGGCCUCUCGAGUUGGACAUCAGCACUACUACAAACAUACAUUCGAUGGAUUAAGGCACGUUUACAAGUCUGAGGGCUUCCGAGGUUUAUACAGAGGUGUGGAUGCUUCGAUGAUGAGGACCGGCGUGGGCUCAUCCGUUCAAUUACCUUUAUAUGAUGUGGUCAAGCAAAACAUGAUUGCGGUCGCUGGAUUAGAGAAUGGAGCGCUUUGCCAUGCACUCAGUAGUUUAAUCUCUGGGUUCUUCUUGUGCAUUGUCAUGAAUCCAUUUGACAUUAUCUCGACCAGAAUGUAUAAUCAAGCACCAGAUCCCAUUACUGGGAGAGGAGGCAUGUUAUAUAAGAGCCCGCUUGAUUGCGCUGUCAAGACGGUCAAGGCGGAGGGAGUCCGAGCUCUUUACAAGGGGUUCACAGCCCACUAUCUUCGCAUCGGCCCACACACGAUUUUCACCUUUGUGUUCAUGGAGCAAGUCAGGGCAGUGUUCCGGCGACUCGAUCUGUAUUAG